AUGGUAUCUCCCAAGGCGUCUGACCCAGUACUGACUGAUGACAAUAAGAAGAGCAGUACUGAGCAAUCCCCACCUGUGUGGGCUUGGCAGUUGAAGAAGGAGCUAGAUUCGUUGACGGAGUCGAUUGCAGGUAUUAAGUCACAGCUUGAGUCCAACGCUGAUCACAAGACCAGACAUGAUGCAAAUGGUACUACUGGUGCUACUGACAGCAAGGAUGGUCCUACUAAUACAGUGCAUGGUAUUGUUGAGGAGGUCAAACAACAGCUCGAUAGCACUAAAUCUGACCGAAGUGCCAAAUCGUCGUUGGUGAUAGAGCCUUUGGUUAUCAUGAAGAUUAGCAAACAAGCUAAGUCUGCUGGUGUUAUAGAGGGAGGCCGAUUCUCUGGUGUGACUGAUAAGAGGGGUUACAUGAUUUUCAAGAAGACUAUUAUGAAUCAGCCAGAGAUCCAAUUUUCUGGCACGGGGGAGCUGUCAAGUGCUUACCAAUACUUCUAUAUCAUCAAUAAUGUAUCUACUCCUCUACAACAACUGAUUAAUGAGCAAUGCCAUGUGAAGGGGAACACUUUGUUCAGUCAACGGGUUGUUACUGCAUGGCGAGUUUUACGACUAUAUAGUGAUCUCGGUAGCGAAAUGGAGCUCCACCGGAAAUGGGAGAAUCUGAAGUGUGAUGGCCCUACUACUUUGGAAGUUUACAUCGCCGCCAUUCAGACCAUGAAAGACCAGAUCGGUGAAGUUUGCCAACUGAAGCUCGUCUCUAUCUCGAUAGGAUGCCGAUGA